AUGGGAUUUUUGAGUGGUGUUCUCAGUAACAUCAAAGAGCAUUUAGGGCAGCAUAAAGAUACUUUAAAUGAUGCAAUUGAAGCUCUCAAGCAAAAUAAACACGGCGGUAAAAAAGGUUUUAGUGUUGCGAUUGGAAAGGUGGUCGAAGGGGUGCGGGGGUAUAAUGAUGGUGUUAGAAAUUCCAACCACCAUGUCAAGAGCAAGAUAGAAGAUUUGUAUAACUACGUCAAGACUGAAAAUGGAGGUAAGUUACUUAAUGACAUUAAUGCUAUUCAGGUUAAUAAUCCCGUGGACCCCGAGCUGACUGACGCUGCUUCCGAGACCAAGAAGCUUGUCGAGAGAUGCCUUGAACAAUCUAGGCAAUUUGACAGAGAACUCAAUAACGCUGAACAGCACAUUAAUGAUCUUAAUUUAACUUGUAAAACUAGUGUAAAUAGCGCGCAUAGAAACGUUAGGCAUGAAACCGCUAGAUUGGAGGACCUGGCAGCAAGGGAGCACCAAGGGAUGACGGACACGCUUAGUUUGGUAACGACGACGCUGGAGGAAGCUAAGAAGAAGAUUAAUGAGCGCAUUGACGAGGACGUAAAAAAGCUGAUCGAAAAAGUGAGGACUAGCGUCCAGAGUAUUUUGACUCAGCUGAAGAGUAUUAGCAAGGAACUGCAACGAUGCACCGCAGAGUUGCAGGAUUGGAUAAGCAAGGUGGAGAAAUUUAUUGGUGAAGAUAUUGAAAAGCAUGUGCAGAAAAUAGUAAGAGAAAUGAAUAAAGAUGCUUCAGACGAACAGCCUAUGCAAAUUAAGAUUGCCGUGCAGAAUGCAACGACAGCAGUUGUGCAGCUUAACGGCGCAGGCGAGGAGGGUAUCCAGAGAGUUACGAGGGAUGUUAAAGCAGCGCUUGAGCAGGUAAAGGAAAUGAACGAAGCGCUGAAGGAGGAUCUAUGGCAGGUGAAAGAUGCGGUUAAUACGCAGGUGAAGGAGAUUAAGGAAGCGAUUGGGAAGUUGUAUAAAGUUGUUGAAAGUGGAGAGCCGGAAGGAGCGAAGGAGACAGACAAAACGAUGGUUAAAGUAAUUGGAGAGAUUAGGGAUAAAAUGAAAGAUAUUACAGGCAAUGAUGAAAAACCCAGGACUCCAUUAACAGCUCUGCAAGGAAUCGUGAGUGGGCUUAAGUGGAAGUAUGCUAAUGAAUACAAACCAGAACAUUUUUCAAAAAUGGUAGAGGCCUGGUUGGACGCCAUUUUAGGAAAGGAUUCCACAGUGAAGGGGACUAGAGCCGUGAACUCGUGGCUCAGCCAUUACGUCAUAAAUAACACUAAGUUGGAUGAUACAUAUACACGGAAGGAUAACGGAGUUCAUAAAGCGCUCAACGAACGAAUCAGACAUGCGAUUACGUCACAACUUACGUCGGAUAAUAUCAUUAAAGCUGCCACUGAUCGAUACACAUCACGACAUGUCACUACUCUUACACAUACAUUGCAAAAUGUGAAAGAUGUUUGUGAGACAUUUGCGAUCAAACUUGAUGAGAAAAUUACCGAAGCCGAAAUCGAGAAAUUCGUCAAAAGAAUAGCGGACCGCGUUGAAACUGAAUUGAGAGCGGCGGACACGUCGGCGUAUACCUAUAAUUUCCUUAAGCGAGCCGUCCGAACCACAGUAAUCUCCCUCGCUUCCAAAGCCUCACAGGCUGCCAAGGAACUUGAGUCUAUUCUGCUCACCAGCAGAGUGGGCGACGUAACUCAAGGCAGCAGCGCCAAUAUUGCAUCAGAAAUAGAUAGAGUCGACAGAAUUGCGAUGACGCUCGAAAGUAAAUUGAAGCAGUCACUUGGCCAGAAUGGCGGGAGAGACAGAACCAACUACGCCCAAGCCGUCGACAAAGCUAUAGACCGCGUGACAAGCAAGCUGACAGAAGAGAUCGGGGAGGAUGGCAUGACAGGUACAGGUAUUGCAAGUAAUACAAUAUCCGAUAUUGCUGUGGGUAAGUUUACAAAUUAUAAUGAGAAGGUAAAACGAGAUACUCUCGCGCUUUUGGAGAGUUCUCCAGACAAGGUCGCAGGCCAACUUCCAGAAGCGAUAAUAAAUAUCAAGACGCAGGUGAGCGAUGCUUUAACACCAAUGGUACAACUCAAAAGCGAAGCUGAGCAACAGUUAACUCAAGUCACCACCAUACUCAACUCACUGUGCGACUCCGUCAAAAAAAGUGGCGAGACCCUUAAUUCCAAUCUGCAGUUUUUGAAAGGUACGUAUUUCGAAAACUACGACGAGGCCAAACGAAACGCCAGAAACAGCAUUAAAAAAAUUAAACACCAGAUCAGUGAACUCCGAAAUGCCGAUUUGGGCAAGGUCAUACACGAUGUUGAGAAGUUUCUAAACGGCCUCAACUUAACAUGCGACUCCACCAUCCAGUUGCUCGGGAGCUCCGUUAAGGAACAGAUCUGUUCAGCUGAAAAAACGUUGACAACGCACGCCAGGAAGCAGUAUGUGGAGGCUGUGAAACACUUGUUAACGACGUUCGCCGACAAAGUAACUGAGGACCUGAAGCCGCUGCCGCGAGAGAUACAACUUGAUUUGGAGAAGGGGCACAAAGGGUUCAUGACCAAAUUUGAGAAGAAGUUUGUCGCCUACAUUAAUAAGAUUAAGCCGAUCGCCGCCACUUCCUUCAUUCAGAAGGGCUCACUAAAAAUAUCUCCAGUAAGUCAGGCUGCUAAAGAACUAAACAAGGCCCUCUCCUUCUUCUUCCAGAGUCUCAACAGGCAGACUGAUAUAACUGCUGACGUGGACUUAGCUGAGCCGGCCAAGAAGGCUGUGAUCACUGUCCUCGGUAGCAUCCAAACGUCUAAUCACUUCGAUCACACCUUUGUAGAUAAUUUAGUGUCACUUAAAAAUACAAUGCACGAAUUCAAUCCUAGAACGUACGGGGACAGCAACAACCCUUGGCUUUUCGAGUCGCUUAAGAAGGGUCUGUCGCUUUUGGUCGAGGAGUUUGGCAAAACAUACAUAUCGACGUACUCGCAGGAAACCAUCGAGUGGGAACAGGCCACGGCUGACGAGAAGCUAAAGUAUGCCAAAGUUCUCUUCACGAUGACGCCCUUCAUAUAUCAUGAGUUGACUGAGCUCAAAGAAGGCCUGGAGAGGAAAGAUGACAAAUGGAAUCUAUAUGGCAUAUAUAAUACAUCAGACGCUGAUCAGAGCCUGCACGCCCAUUAUUUCCGUGAGAACGGUUACGACGCUGAUCUACCUGACGAUGCCGCGCACGGCGCACUUAACCACAGGGAGACGUUGAAAGGCAGUACCAUCCUGCGCUAUCUUACUGCUGACAAAUAUCAGCUGUUCAAGCAGACCGCCACUGCCUUGUCAUCAUCUGGUGACAAUUGUGGACUGACAGUGGAGUUGGAAGAGGAGAACGGUCUCAUCCGAAAACUCUACGAUUGCCUGCAUACGUACUCGAAAGUCUGCCACCUUAUCCGUGUUGACAAACCAAGGGCUCCAUGCUCCGUUUACGAAAUUCUUGUCUGGUGCUGCGGCCUGCAGUUCAACCCCGUGUACGAGAGGCUCAAGGCGCAAAUUAAAUCUGAGUUCAUGAAGGAGGACAAAGAACGGCCGGGUACUAAAACGCUGCAACCCUUCGAAGCGCAUCCGUCUCCCUUCCAACACACGCAUAUCGACGAAGCGCUCUACAAGGUCUCAUCUGACUCCCACGCCGUCCUCACCGCUAUCCUAGGGCACGGUCACAAGGACGGAAUCUACGCGUGUGAUUUCUCCAGCAACUCGCUGAAAUUAGAGUACCCUGCCAACAUGAUUCAACUGCUGUGUACGUUGUUCGACCUGCUUAAGCGCCUCUACCACCAGCUGUACUUCCUGCUGCAGCAGUGUAAGCACAAUGCUCAGCUAAGCGGCUGGAGGGACUGCCACUACGGCAGGGGCAUCGGUGGGUCGGGCUGGCAGUGCAACACGAAGCAGUGCCCUAAGCAAGACUGCGACCAAAGGCACGACCAAAGUGGCAACCAAAUGGGUGGGCAAUAUCCCAACUGCGGCGUCAAGUCGCCACUGCAAUCGUUCUUGGAGGACGGAUUGAAAGGCCACCUGCCGCAUUCGGUAGCAGCUAGGGGAUCGAGUCUGUCAUGUGGCACGUGUGGUAGUACACCUGGUAUGCCGUGCAGGACGCCAAUGGGCUUCGCUGACAUCAGUGCCAUCGCGUCGCAUACGAUGAUUGGCCAGGAUAUAUGCGAUGUGCUUUACGAUUUCUGUGGCCGUCCAAAUUCCCCGCUCACUAGACUGUGCGGUUACCUCAACUGCCUGCUACCCAGUGCGCCGAAAACGCUGGCGGACAUGUUCAGCUUCUACUAUCACCUCACCGAUCGCUGGGGUAUGCAUGGCAAUGAUCAUAAGAGCAAUGCUUUCGACGCUAUCGUCAAGGCCGCCAAUUUCGGGCGUCAUUAUAAUGAUUUGAACGUCUACCACUUAUUUACCCCUAGUCACUCAGCAUUGAAGAAGGGCCACUCCGAUGGUAGCCUGGGCAGUCUCGUAUGCUUGUCAAAAGAAGCCGUCGUAUGCGGUCCUUUGUUGCGUCCCAUCAGUAACGCCAUCUACGAGACGUUCUCAGCAAAACACGCCGAUAAGUAUUUGUCGUGGAUCGUUUACCUGACGGCGACGUUCUACGAUCUGCUGAAGAAAUUGUAUGAUGAGUGCAAUUCCAAAUGCGGUGCCAGGGGAUCGAAUUGCCAUGGUAAAUCGUGCGUCAAGGGGUGUCCAACUACAACCAUAGAGCAAGAUCCGCCACGAUAUCACCAUCGCGACUGCAAAUCCAUUGUAAGCUGUAAUGCCACAAUGCCGACAUUGGCGAAAUACGGUUUUGUUCUCGGCGAUCCAGAGAGGCUGAACGGAAGUGAACGAUCGCAAACGAAACGCACGUGCAGAGAUUUCUGUGAUGUAUUUAAGGAGGCAUUUGACAAAGACUCACAUCUUGUGCAGUUUUUCAAAGCCAUUGAUAAUUUCAUGUUCGCCAUCCGCGCUCCCUUCAUAUGGCUUAACGUCGCACUCUGGUCCCUCUCCCUCUUCUACCUCAUAUGCGUAAUGGUUGGCAGACUGGAUGUGCUCCACAUACGCUCACACCUGAGGAUACCGUCGUCGCACAAGAUAACGGCGCAAUCAUUGCUGGCUGCAGCGCAAGUCGGAAGGCUUGCCAAGAUAUCUUAUCUACAACCGUAA